UCGGCCCGGCCCGGCCUGGCCUGGCCUACGCGGCGGCCCGGCCGUGACGGUCUAGUUCGUCUUUUACAAUGCUGUUGGAGGGAUGACAGAUCAAGGAAGGCAGGACAUUUGAUCUGUGUGCUCAAAAUAGGCUGUGCAGCUCCGCCUCCUUUUUUCAACUUGACCAUCUGUUUCUCAGGAUACAAAGGAUGGAGUCAAAACCCUCAAGAAUUCCUCGCAGGAUAUCUGUUCAGGCUUCCAGCUCUCCUGUAGGAUCUAGAACUGGAAACAGUUUAUCUGGUGCAUAUAGUACAAGAGAAUCUUCAUGGAGAUUAGAAUCUGGAUACCAGGAAUCCAGUGUAUUGAAUAGUUCCAGUAGAGACUGGAGAAUUGGAGAAAGGGACACCCGUGAAACUCCUUGGAAGCUUACAGCGUCGUCUCCAACGCGCUACUCAGGGACACUUGAUCACCCUCAUUCUGGAAGAUUUUUGGGAAGCAGAAGCAGAUUGUCUACAUCUUCUUCUCAUUUCACAUCUGGGUGUUAUGGUGAAUCUGAGAGAACUCAGGGAGCAUAUCCAAGAUUGCAUAGCCAGCAGCAAGAUAGUGAUUCAAAGAGACCUAAACUAUCUUGUACAUCUACCUCUUCUGUGAGAAGUAAUGGCUUGGCUGCCUUUUCAGAUUCCUCCUGGAGAUGUAGUAGGAUUCCUAGAUCUUCAUCAGUAAUGCUUGGCUCCCUUGGAACUGAUCUGGUGAGAGAGCGAACACAGUUAGAAAGAAGAACAGAUCUGUCUGUUAAUAACCUGCUGGAUCCCAGCUACGGAAACAGUGACUUUUCACCUUCAACAUAUCUUCAAGACAGGCCUGCCUCUUCAUACGCAGAGGGAGCAAGACCAAAAGACAACUCAUUAAGCACUUUGAGGCUGAAUGCACCCAUGAACCGCCAGUUGCCUUCUGAUCAUCAGCCAUCUUUUUUCAACAGAGACUCUAACGUGAGCUCUUCAAGAUCCAGCCAUUCUUCAAGACAAAGGAGAAAUGAAUUGGAAUCUCCCCACAGGAGUGUGCAGCCAGCAUUUUCUCUUACUGCCAUUAGAGAUGAAACCCCUUCCUCAAGUGGUUCUGAAAGGAUUUUAUCUUCUCAGAGGUCACUGAAUGAGUCUGCAGCUGACAGUGAAGGGAGGCGCACAACCAGACAGCUGCUGUCUCGUUUAGCAUCUAGUAUGUCAUCCACAUUUUUCUCUCGAAGGUCUAGCCAAGACCCAUUGCAUACAAGAUCGUUAGGCCCUGAAGAGUCAACAGCGGUCCCAAGAGUUCAAGCUACUGCUCUGUCAAGUAGUAAUGGAGCUGCAACUCCGGAGGUUCCAGGACUUCAGUCAUCCGAAGCUUCUCAGGGGUUCAGUUUUCUUGGACGAAGAUGGGGUUUAUCAGGAGUUUCACAGAAUCGCAGCUCUGAUUCUGAUGGGGAAAGUUACAGACCAGACACUGAAAGUAGGAGCACAGGAUCCUGGUUGUCGUCCUCUUUGAGGAACAGAUGUACACCUCUCUUUUCCAGAAGAAGAAGAGAAGGAAGAGAUGAAUCUGCAAGGAUCUCUACCCCUGAUACAGCUGCUAGAUCACAACAUGUCUUUAGAAGGAGAGGGUCAGGUGAGGAGACCUCUCUUGAAGCAUCAGAUAGCCCUCCUCGGGCUUCUGUUAGCAGACCAACGCCUUCAGUAUCUGUUAUUUCUACAGCUACUGCCUCCCCACCGGAUUCAGCCUCCAGUGGAAGAGGUUCAGGAAUUCUGCCUGCUUCUCUCUUUCGCUUUGCAGUGCCUCCAACAUUAGGAAGCAGUCUGUCUGACAAUCUUAUGAUAACUGUAGAUAUUAUUCCCUCUGGCUGGAAUCAGUCUGAUGGACAAGAAAGUGGCAAGUCUAAAAUACCACCUUCAAGAGAUCCGGAAAGACUCCAGAAAAUAAAGGAAAGCCUACUUUUAGAAGAUUCUGAAGAUGAAGAGGGUGACAUAUGCAGAAUCUGUCAGAUGUCCUCUGCAAGUUCUGACAACCUUUUAAUAGAGCCAUGCAAAUGCACUGGAAGUCUGCAGUAUGUUCACCAGGAGUGCAUGAAAAAAUGGCUGCAGUCGAAGAUAAAUUCAGGUUCUUCUUUGGAAGCAGUGACAACUUGUGAAUUGUGCAAAGAGAAGUUGCAUCUCAAUCUGGAAGACUUUGACAUUCAUGAACUUUAUAGGGCACAUGCAAAUGAACAAGCAGACUAUGAAUUUAUCAGCUCUGGUCUCUACCUUGUAGUGUUGUUACACUUAUGCGAGCAGCGCUUUUCUGAUAUGUUAGGAACUGCAAAUGAGGCCAGCACACGUGUCAGACUUCUGAAGAUGACUCUGAAGACUGAUGCUGGUAGAACUUUCAUACUGCAAGAAACAAACAGAAUUGCUGCAGAAAUGCUGAACUGGCAAGAACAACAUCAACACGCAUUUGUUUUAUACCUCUCCUUAGUAAAAUGCGCAUUGAAUAUUACUGUAGUUUUUGAAGCAUUGUUGAAUUCAAAAUCAACUGCUGCACAGUGGAGCUCAGUAGACUUGAGAACUACUCAGCAUGUGUGCGGAUUAGAUACAUAGAAAGCAACUUCCCUUUUUAAAUUAUGAGGAUGUUGUACUUUGUUUUGGAAGACAUCGGAUUCUGAAUAUUUAAGGAAGCUCUAUCUCCCUUUGUGUUUUCUUCUUACUGUAGUCAGACUUCUGGCUUUGUCUUACCGGGUUUUGCUCCUGUACUGGCACUAAGUGGUUAUAGGGGGUUUCAGGGGGAGGGUGGGGAUGCCUGUGUACUUAAAUAGGUUUUGUUAAGGUGUUCUUAAAUGCCUCUUUUGCUGCAUCAUAUAACUGAUUGCUUCCAUUGUUAAUGAAUGAACAGGAGGAUAAGCAAGAUACCGUAGAGAUUGUUUGGAUUUAGGCUUAUUUGAAGACUAUUAUUUAACUGAAAAAGCAAUAAGAACUUGCAGUGGUCUUUUAAUACUUGGCGAUGGCUUUUUUAUGUACCAGUUUGGAAAUUUGAGAUUAUAUUUGAUAUCAUGUGGCUGUUCCAUUAUGGAAUAUUGCAGGUGUGAACUCUUGCAUUUCAGCAUUCCUGGCAGAUAUGCAACUUGAUAAAGACCUAAGGUUGUUUAGUUUAAUCAGACUUUUUUAGAUCCCACCUUCACUGUUCAAAGCACCAGUUAUCAAUGUGUUUUCUAGUGUUGUCACUUCUUUAUAAAUAAAGACAAAAGAGGUAUGCA